AUGGAGCCAAAAAAUUCGGAACAACAUUCAGUAUCAAUUAGACUCUAGAAUUUGUGGAUUUAGGGCAAUAAUAGAAUUAGAAACAAGGGGUUAUUUUUGAUUACUGAGGGAUUAAGUGAGAACAAAUAAUCAAAGAUGUCUACUUUUGGUUUAAGAUUUAAUUUCUUAUCUGAGGAUGCCAUAUUAAAUUUGAUCAAGAGAACAACCUUAAAAGAGACCUUUAUCAUGAAUAAUUCCAUUACUGAUUAUGGUUUGUAUUGUUUGAAGGAAGGAUAUGAUGAGUUAAAUUCAAAAUGUUAGAAUAGAUUUGUUCUAUAAGUUAAGUUUAAUCUAGGAAAGCAGACUCGAAAGAACUGUUUGGAUUCAACCAGCCAUUUAAAUCCCAAAAAUUCUUUACUACUUCAAUGAACAUCAAGUUGGAGUCAUUCUAGAUGUAAGAAAUAGAAAGGGAUAGAAGUAUUUUGCUGAUCCUAAAAGUUUGAAUAAAUCCUUAGCUUUAUCGUCAACAAAUUAAGCAUAUAUUAGCAAUAAAAAAUUUUAAAUUUAUAAGGCUGGAACAGGAAACUUUAUAUGUAUAUAUAUUAAACUAUUAUGAUUAGAGAAGAGAAAAAAAAGGUAGGGGAAAAGAAACCUAAAAGCUUUUAAAAAAAUAAAAUACUAAGAAUAAACGUAUGAGCCUAAUGGAUUUGUGAGAAUUUGA